GGUUAACUGUUUGUUUACACUCACUUUCCGCUAAGGCGCCAACUAGUUGAUACUUUCCAGGCGCUACGUCUAACACUUUCCGACUAAAAGGAAUGAGUCGGAAACUCUGCCUAUGUAAAAUAUCAGUCGUAAAUUGGCACGCGUGAACCCACCUUAACAAACAAAAAUUUUGGGGCGGCUUCAGCUCCUUCAACACCCCUCAUCCAUCCUUGAUCCGCCACUGAUAAAAAGCCUUGUCUUAUUGUAGGAAUGCAAGAACACAAGAUAAGGUCCCUGUAGCUAAUACAUUUGCUACAAACCUUGCUGGCCUGCAGAUCAUGUAUGCCAAGGAAGCAUUCUUGUAAUCUUGUAUUGUAAUAACGUUCACCAAUGAAGCGUGGAGGAAACAUGAAAGCAACGCCGUGACGCAUCGCUUCACCUUGCUAAGGAGUCUGACAAGUACGUUGUACUAUAGAAACUCGGAGUCAUGUCGGCUCACGUAGUGACGCUGGCAGUGGCUUGGUGAGUCACGGGUGAUGUCACGCUCUUGCUCUAUUCGAUAACAAAAUUCCUACGAAGGACAUCCGUUGUGAGUGGCACUAGUGACUUGCGUCAUUCAGUUUCGUGCUGCCCGUCAGAAGCACAAAACUUUCUUGCUCCAUUUAGUCUCCAACAAGAGGUUAAUUCACCAUCGGCAGAGUUUCUCCUCGAUAGCUGAAGGUGACAGUAAACACGUACCAGCUGCUGAAGCCGUGAAGGAAAGCUCGCCUAUAUUACUAAAAAAGACAAUAGCAUUGUUCCUUUCCUUCUUGUAGCGCGAGCUAGGAGGUUCCAGCCAGCCUUACAGCCACACCAGCCCACCACCUACCGGUGAAGGCUUCGUGAUGCUGGGGAGGACAGCGCUGGUAGUGGCCGUGAUUAGCCUCGCCUGGAGGACGUGCUCGGUAAACCCCGAGCCCUCGCCCUUUUGCAGCAAGGUGAACCACGGCUUCAUCUGUACCUUUUUUAACACCACUGAGGACGUAGUGACGGGGACCGAAGCAGCGGCGACGGAGGUUGCGACACAGCAUCCGGUCAUCUUGUGCCCGCGAACUCUCAACGCCAGCAAUGAUUCCUCAGCGACCCGAAGAACAAUGAUUCCUGGCCAACCACAUGUCAUCCACCCUUCUCUAAAAGGAGCAACGACAAAGGUCACGGCUUCUCAUAAAUUCCCCAUCAACAGCGGGGGUGCCAGGCCACGAAAUGCCUCUGGAACACGGUACCAGCCACAGCAAGACUGUGCUGUCAAUGUUUCUGUCCAACACUCGACGAUUAAUAAGCUACAAGGACAUUUCGUGGCGGUAAAUCUGUCUAAAAGUAAAAUAGGAGACUUGAGUGGAGCUUUCAUGAAUUUAGAUACGAAAAGCGCAGUGGUGACCACCAUGUCUGUAAGUGGCGCGGUUGUAAGGAUGGAGGACACCAAGAUCGUGUUUGUCCACCAGCUAAAGGCGGAACGAAUGUCAGAGUUGACCAGCUGUCGCCUAGGAACUGUGUCGCGCCACGGGCUGCUGUUCUACCUAUCAAGUGGAGACGAGCCGGCCUUGGUACACAGGCUGCGUGACGUGGUGGUGCAGCGGCUGGAGGCAGGCUCGCUGGAAGUGGUGAGGGCGAGGGUUAGCGUCACUAACAUGACAGUGGAGUGGAUGGAUCGAGACGCUGUCACGGUUCGAAGCCCAGGUGAGCUCACCUUGACUGACGCGGUGUUUCACUGUGACUCGCUGUACUACUGUCUCAGCCUGGAGAUGGGCGCCAGACUCGUCCUCAGAAAUGUGACCAUCAGGAACAGAACUAUUACCAAGAUGGAUAUUGUCGCCACUUCCCGAGGCAACAUGUAUCCGCUGUUCGCUCUGGUCUCCAAGGAUGACCGCGGCCCUCUGUCCAUGACCUUCCCCUGGUACUGGGUGAUGAUCAUGACCGUCUGUGGGAUUGUGGCUGGCAUAGUGAUAGGCAGCGCCCUCGUCUGGAAGCGACCGUCUCUGCCCAGCACUGCAAUGUUCAACUUCACUCUGUCGGAUCUCUUGUCCCAUGACCGACUUCAGGAGGCCACCAGGGACGAUCACAAUGGGGACUUCUCGCAACGACCACCAUUCACCAGACAAGACUCUGGCCUCAGCUCCUCCUCCUUCGCUUCCUACAGGCCUUUCCAGACAUCCACCUGCAGGACGGAGAUAGAGUGUGCCGACAAACCCAGCAGCUACAAUAAUGCCGUUGUUGUUGACUCGUGAACACAACACUGGACAGUACCUAUAGCCUACUUGAAAACACCUCCUGGAAAAUUUCAACAUGCAAUCUGUUACUCGAGGAUCAGUUGAAAGCUCCCUCCUCUUGUUUUGUAUUACUGCUCAGUGUCCAACAUUGCUCAUAUACUGAUUAAAAAGUGUGUGGUUAAUUUGUUAAGGUGUUAGUGGGUGACUUAAGUGAGAGACAUUACAUGAUCUGUGGUGAUUUGUAAUGCACAAAGAAACACAGCACAUGAUUUACAGGCGUGCCAUAGCUGAUAACAGUGACAGUGAGUGGCAUUAGAUAAGCCUGGUCUAUUGAAGCCUUCCAGUAUGUACAUAGAUGUGUUGCUUCGUAUAGAACUUUCAUCUCUUAAUUCUGGUCCCAGGAGUGCAAUGAGUGGCUUGUCUUCCCGACCCGCCACCAGUCUUCGCCACGACACUUGAGCUGACGCGGUGUGCAGAAAUUGUAGAUAGACAAUAGAUAGACAAGGACAGGAGAGGAGAAAGGACAGUGUGUGUGUGUGUGUGUGUAAUGCAAAGUGGCUUGUAUGAACUUACGAGAAAAUGAAAAGAAAUAGCGUUACUACUUCCAUUUCUACUACUACUACUACUACUACUACUACUACUACUACUACUACUUUAACAACAACAACAACAACAACAAUAAUAGUAAUGAAAAAUGUAACAAUGAAAUAUAGGUAUGCAGUGAAGGCAGAGUGACAAAAUUCAUUGCCACAGGAACACGAACAGUCACAGCCAACCACACCGCGAAAAUAAAAGUAGUAGUAGUAGUAGUAGUAGUAGUAGUAGUAGUAGUAGUAGUGGUAGUAGUAGUAGUAGGUAUGUAAAGUGAAGUACAAGCAGAAUGUGGCUAAGAACUUCCCUGUGGUGUUGUGGUAUGGUGUUGUUGUGGUGUUGCAACGUGGUAUGGUGUUGUAGUGUGGUGUUGUGCUGUUGUGGUGUGGUGGUGUGGUAGCGAUAUGGUAGUGAACACAAUGCAAUAACGGAAACUACAAGAAAUUAAUGUUUUUUUUUCUUUUUAUUCUCUCUCUCUCUCUCUCUCUCUGUGUGUGUGUGUGUGUGUGUGUGUGUGUGUGUGUGCUUGUAAAUCUGAAUUCGCAAUAGAUGUAACGGGUCAUUAAGAAGUAGAAAUGAUAAUCGACAAAUGUUUCCUCCCCUCUCUCUCUCUCUCUCUCUCUCUCUCUCUCUCUCUCUCUCUCUAAGCGUGUACAGGUACUAAAGCAAGAGAAAAGUGACAGGAAGUUUAAAUAUAGCACGUAUGAAGGCAAGGCUCACCAGAAAACACAAAAGUGAGAACAAAACAGCA